AUGCAGGUGGUUCUGGUAGUCUCCCCCGACUCCGGGUGCUCACGUCACCGGCGAACCUCUACCCACGCGCCAGCGCCGCAACCAACCGAGAAAAUAAACAAACCCCGCGCGCGGCGGGCACGCCAGGCCCCGCCCCCGCCCCGCCCCGCGGCUCUCACACCGCCCCCUCCUCCGGGGCUUCCCUCCCGCCUUCGGCUCGCAGCCGCGCUCUCCCCGCCCCUCACCGCUGCCGGCAGCCGAGCUCCCCCGCGCUCCGCCCGGCCGGCGCCCCCGGGCCCGUUAGUGUCCGCACCCGCUCUCAGGACUGCCGCGCCACGCCGUCCCCGUGCGAGUCCACCCCCGACACCGGACGCGGCCCAGUCCCAGCGCCCAGUGCGGCCGCCCCCGGAGCCGCGGGAGCGGCGACGGGAGGAGGGAGAGGAGAGCCGAGCUGGCGGCCAGGGAGGCCCGGUUUGGAAGCCCUUCUCUGCCCGAGUUAGUUCUCUCCCGGCUCUAUUUCUUUCUCUACAUACUUUGCGCGAAUAAGUUUUGGAGCAUCGGUUAACAGCCUGUGGGUGAAAUUUGGUUUUCAUUCUUGAGUG